AUGGAACAACCGGCUGACGAUGACGACUACAACAAACAGAUUCAGCCGAUCCCCGAGAAAUGUGGUCCGCCAUCGAUUCCGUUAUCGAUGUUGCUCGACUUUGCCGUGCAACAAAUUUUUCACGAGAUCACGGUGAUGAGCGAAUUGUUGCUAAAGAAAUACGAGGAGGAGAAGAAGAUCUCGCUCGUACAAUUUGCGCACAACACGCGAACGCUCACCGUGAAAUUGUUGGCAAUUGUGAAAUGGGUGAAGUCGAGUAAAAAGUUCGAGAAUUGUUCGAUUAUCAACUACAUCCUCGAUCAACAAGCUCAAUAUUUUAUCGACACCGCUGAUCGACUCGUUUUCUUUUCACGACAAGAAUUGGAAGUAGCUAAAUUGCCGACUUUUCAAGUGUGUUCUGCAGUCGAUAUUCUCACACAGGGCACCUAUCCUCGGCUUCCACUUUGCAUAAAGCAGCGUUUCAUCCGCGAACCGAAAAUCACGCCAAAAGAACAAGCGAAUGCCCUCUCGAGGAUCAACAAAAUUCUCCGAUACAGAAUAUCGAGGGUUGCUUCGAAAUUGCCUCCGAAAUUUCGUCAAAUACACAUCAAAAACGGAAUGCUCACUUUGGUGGUGCCGAGCGAAUUCGAGGUGAAAAUGACGGUACUCGGUGAAGCAGAGACCCUUCCCUGGACACUUCUCAACAUCAAAAUUCUUGUCGAAGACUAUGAAAUUGGAUAUGGCACUCAGCUUGUUCAUCCACUUCAAUUAAAUCUUGUUCACAAUGUACUUCAAUCAAGAAUGGAUAUCAGCAAAAAUCCCUUGAACGAGGUGUACACGUUUUUGCACUCUUUCGCGCAAUCACUCAAACUCGAUGUGCUCUUCUGUCAAUCUACACAAUUGGCAAAUGGAAAACUGAGAGACAAAAUCCUUAUUGAGCGCUACGAUCAGAAAGAACGGAUACUCACAGUUGGAUAUUGGGCUCAAAAGUUGCCGACAAAGAGGGGACAAAUCCCGAGAUACAACGCCCAAUUUCGCUUUCAAAUUUCUUGCGAUCGGGAGGACUCGAGGUCCUCGUUGAGGGUGCGGCACUAUCCGCCAAAUCAGGAACUUGGUGGACUCGAUGAACGAUCGGGCCGCCUCUCCAUUCACAGUCUCCUAUCGGAUGUGUUCGCUUUUCGGUCUCGACAACGCCUUCUCAAGAUUCGCCAAAAAUUGGAAGAGUCGAGUACUUCUGCGUCUGUGCUAGUUUCCGGACAAGAAAUUCCACUGCUGAUCUAUCGACUCUUGGACAAAUCAACGCCAGAAGAAAUGCUAAAAAUCUCCGUCAAUUUGUUCAGCGGUCGAGUGAUUUGUGUCGUCGAUGGUCUAGGAGAAGUUCAAGAGCUUCGAAAUUUGGAGAAAUGCCUUGACCCGAUCUCUCCAAUCCAAUCGAUCAAAAAACACAUUGAUAGACUGAAGGUAUUAACGAUGAUUGAACGUUAUCGAAAGGCCGUCUCAUCGCUUCUUGUGAGAAUCGUCUCCGAAACACAAAUGGCUUCAAAAUUGAGCAAGAUUACUUCUUUACCGGCGGAUCGCCUCAUUUUACAAUUCUACAAAGAUGAUAGCUUUUACUUGAUUGUCUCUUUUGUUGUUGAUCCUCAAUUGAUUGUGAAGACGGAGCUGCACUUGUUGAGUGUAAAUGACGAUCAAUUGACACUGCUACAUUUAAGUCGAGAUCAUCCAGGAUUGGUGGCACCGAUGACUCGUUUCUUAUACGCAAACAAAGAUGAAGAAUUACGAAAGGGUGAUCAUUAUGGCCGACGAUUGACGUGUGCAAUUGCAGCUGUUGAUGAUAGAAUAUCGUUCAUGAAAUUAUGUGAGGAGCUUGAUCGACGCAAUAUCCAGUACGAUCCAUUGGAAACCGAGCCUGUUGUUGGUGGACUCGUUUUGCGGUUAAAGAAUGUGCAAGCCGCAGUGGACACUGAGGCACCUGAAUUUUUCGAUAACUUGGUGCGUUGCUGCUUACGAUUGGAUUCUCGAACGAGGAUUGGAUGGCCGUUCGAGUGUUGCAUCAAGAACAACCCCCUACCAUUGGAUUGCUUGCCCGGGAAACCGGGACCAAAUACGCGUGCUUGUGUGCUUGAUGUGAGCUUGAGCAGCUCAAGCGGACCACCCGGAAUAAACCCCAGCGACUCGUUAUCGACGGCUAUUGUGGAGCGUUUACAAAUCUUCGUGAACAUUUACAAACUUGUUCACGAAUUUGCUCCCGUUUACAAGAAAGUCUACAAAAACGUUUGCUCGAUUCAAGCGUAUACCUACCACAAACUCAUCAUCGCAUAUGGAGAGAAAAGAGAUCAAUUGAUGGUCAUUUCGUUCAGGCCAAAUCUUAAAAGCAGUGAGCCAAAACGAUUCUGCAUCACUUUCAACCAAACGGUGCCCACUGAUGCGUAUACGGAAGACGAUUUUCAAUGGCCAGAAGAGGGACGCUGGAAUCCCCAUACGCAACUAAGUCCCAUAAUUAAUGAAAAGUUUAACGCAAAUCCGGAUCUCGUCGAACUGGUUGAGUAUGUCGUCUCAACCUCGGCUCCACUAUGCGCUUUGUCGAAAUUUUUGAGAAUACGAUUCCAAUCUGUCAAGGCUCUCGCGCAAAUACUCAAUCAUGAUAUGGCGUUCCCACUCGAGAUGAAGUAUUACCUGUUCGCGAUUGAUGAUUAUACGAUGCGACUUCAAUAUGGCCAUAUUUUCCUUGAGUUUCGAUUUUUGCAGGAUUCACAGGUCGGAAUCAGAGAUUGUUCACGAUUCCAACCGGCCGUUGUGGGGUUAGAGCAAUUUUGGAAGUGGAUAUCUGGGGGAAGCGCUCAAUUGUGUACGAAUUCGAAUGUUUCUCAUGCGUCUCCACAUGCACCAACCAGUCUGCCAUCACAACACGUAGCCGCCGCUUCACCGCCUCCUUCAUCCACUCAAUCAUUAUCCGUGCCUCCAUCCUCAACCAACCAAUCUCCACAUUCGCAAGGCACCUCAUUCACCACUUCGGGAUCGGGCCUUACUCUUACUCCAAAUAUCAUUCUCGUCGAUCAUGUCACGUUGCACAAGGCUUGUCAACCACCCGAAAGUGCUCUGCGACGACCACUCGUGCCAACCAAAGAAAAUAACGCUGAAUUUGCCAACAACUUGUCUCCUUUGGACUCCUAUCUAUCGGCCAUUGAAUUCGUGUAUCGAACGGGUGCCGCUUUCAAAGAGAUCUACUCUCUACCCUUACCACAACAACCGGUUCACUUUGAAAAGCUUGACGUGCAGCCGGAUUCGAUACGAGCCUCCGUCUUGUCGAUCAGAACGCAAAGUGCAUAUGGACAGAACUACCCAUGCAUUGUCAAUUUCCAAUUCUUUGUUUGUCCGAACACGUUUACAGUUAAAUGCUCCGUUGAAUAUGAUGGCUUGGGCGACAGUGGACCAAAAGCUGAGCAAAUUUCUAUCAUCGAGUCGUAUUUUGACUAUUACAUCUCCAGGUUUAACAACGAAUACGCUUUGGUGGCUUUUAUAAAUUUGUGCCGAAUGACACCGAAUGGAGCGCUUUUCUCAAUCAUAAAGAUUAUGAGAGGGCAGUUGUAUGGAUAUGAUGAGGAUCCUUUGACCAACAUCUAUUGGAACAUGUCUAUUAUGCCGACAAUGCUUCAACGGAAACCCGACCAAAGUGGUGGCGCUCACGGGUCCCAGUCAACGAUGAGUGCUCGAAAGUUCCGCCCCGGAGUGUUGUUGGAUCGAAAUCAGACUAUGAGAAUUCAUGUGAAUUUUUGCCCACUUUCACCCGAUGAAUCGGACAAAAUGCGAAGACAUAUGAUGUGGUUACAAUACAAUGUCCAAACAAAUCAAGUCGAACAAGUUAAUCAAGGGAUGUCCGACGAGAAAGAGAUUCUAACAAAUAUAUUUGCGGCGGCAAACGAGAUGGCCAGGCAGAGCAACGAGUGCCCGCUUUGGGAGGUCGUUUCGCAGCUACUUCAAAGACCCGAGCUGAACAGAAUGCCAAGCUCUGUACCAAUGCCCAAUUCGAUGAUGGGCCCGGGUUCGGUGGAUAACAUUGGUUCUGUGGGGCAAAUCCCCUCAGUUGGCAAUAUGGGAUCAGUGGGGACCUCAGGUUCCGUACACAAUCCUCUUCUUAAGGGUGAACCGGGUAUGUAU